AUGUGUGAUGAACAGGGAAGAGAUUCGGACGAGGUUGAUGGACUCGUCAUGAUUGCGCGACGUUCUGCGUCGGAGACCGAUGAUGCAGAUGUUGUUCAUACACCGUCUAGUGACCUCAUUACUUUCGAGGUUGAUGACAGCGUGAAACAACAACAAUUUGAGGGAAUGAGUGCUGAAGAUGUUUCAUUAUCAGAGACGAAAACUGCAAUGGUGAGUGAUGCCACAGCAGCUACUACGGAUGCUGUGCAAGCGCAGACGUCUUUAUCCGAUAACGUGAUCAGGACACGUGUCAUCAAACGACUGGGUCCAGAAGACAGGUAUCUGAUUGAAUUCAUUCCACGAGAAACAGUUUUUUAA